AUGCCGUCACAUACGCCGCCAUCGCUCCGGCAGCGAAACAAAGAGCAUGUCAAUAGUUCACGGGAGGACGAAGUCUAUCAUGCCCCCACUCCAGAUGAUCGCCGCACCUUGUUGCGCCUCGCGCGCCGCGAGCGACUGUACAACAGGAUCGUCGGGCUGAGCCCGAUGCUACGCGUGCUUCUCAUCGUCGCUGCCCUCGUAUGGCUUGCUCUGUUGCCCGUGCCACGCAAGCCUUUUACGCAUCGGACGUACGUCGACGAGAAUGCCCUCCAACCCGGCUAUGCCGAGGCACGUUGGGGCGCGCCCAACGUCCACGAAGCCGAUCGGAUCUCGGCCCAACUGCAUGAGAUUGCUCGACAGGAUGACAAGGAUGCGCGUAUUGCGUACCUUGUUCAGGAGCUGCGCUCGUACGACCUGGAUGUGCAUACUCAAACAUACGCAUUCUAUGUGCCGGGCCAGCCAGAACCCAUACAGGGCACGAAUGUGUAUGCGCGCUCCUACACCCCACGCACAGAUGGACGCGUGGCCAUGAUCCUCGCUGCGAACUGGCAGAGCCACUGGCGUCAGAAGCCGAGCGAUAGCUCAGAGCUGCCGUACGUCCCCGACGACGGCACGUACCGCGCCAUUAAUGUGCGUGGCAUUGCCUUGCUCCUGGCCUAUGCCAAGCACGCUGCGAGUAUACCGCACUGGAGCAAGGACUACCUCUUUGUCAUCAGCGAUGGCUUCCUGGACGGUAUGCAGGCGUGGGCUGCGCAGUACUUUGGCACGGGACAGCCGAAUCUCGAGGCCGAGGCCGUCCACACCACGGGCGCACAGGUCUGGAAUGCCCUUGCGCUGGACUAUCCAGCCGACUCGUUCUCCUCGUUCAAUUUCUAUUACGAGGGUCGCGAUGGCCUGCUGCCGAAUCUCGACACGAUCAACACUGUGACGGACAUCACGCGUCUCACCUACAUGUCGCCGUCGCUGGGUCUGCAUGGCGAGUCGGCUGAUGAAAUGGAGCUGGGACGCUUCCAUGUGGAUGCCCUGCGCUCGUGGCUCCCUGUCGACUGGCUCGAGCGGCACUGGCUCGGCCGGCAUGGCGUCAAGUCCUUUGUGUCUGGCUGGGUAUCGAUCCUGCGGCAGCUUCGGUACCAGCUCGCAGGGCGGCCCAGUGGCAUUCACGGCGUGCUCUUGCCAUUCCAUGUCGAUGCUAUAACCCUCUUUGCCCGGCCAGCGCCCGGUCCCUUUGGAUUCCAACAACUCGGCGACAUCACUGAGCUGACGUUCCGCUCGUUUUCCAAUCUGAUCGAGCGACUGCACCACUCGCAAUUCUUCUAUCUGCUGCCGUCCCCGUGGUACUUUGUUCAGAUUGGCGUCUUUAUCCUUGUGCCGCUGCUUCUCGGGGCGGCACUGACAUUCACGGGUCUGAGCGUGUGGGUCCAGCUUGGCGCACGUCGACAGAAGCAGUGUGAGGCCCUCCGUCGACCGUAUACCAAGGGCAGAGCUGUACUGGCGACGCCGACUUAUGCCGAGUUCGCACAGCUCUGUACGCACGAGUCGCUGCGCGCUCUAUUCCGCGCCCACAGUCGACCCGUGCUGCCCGCCCUCUUGUGCAUGGGCGUCGCCCACAUCGUGUGUGCCGCGUGCUGGGCCCUAUGGACACAGACGCCCGCAGGACCGCAGGCGCUCGUCGGCACAGGGAUGCUAUGCAUCGCGGCUACGAUCACGAUGGUCUACGUGGCCUCGCGCUUUGCAUCGUCGCGACACGCGCUCGGCAUGUGCUUGCAUGCGUUUGCGCUUCUGCAUGCUGGUAUGGUCGUCAGUGUCCUGGCCCCUCUCAACUUUGCGCAGGCCACGGCGAUGGCUAUGCUCCUGUGCCUGACCCUGUACUCGGUGCCCACCGCACCCAGCCGAUGCCGUGCCGUGGCACAUGCACUGUGCCUCAUGGUCGUGUCGCCGCCUUCCCUAGUGGCCCUGCUCCACGAGGUGUGCCCCCGGCUCCUGACACACACGCCUGCGUUUGUCCCGCACAUCGCACCUGUGAUCGACCGCCUCCUCUGGGACUACCACGUCUUGCGCACAUCGGCGCUGCCCAUCCUGUGCUUGGUCUAUGCGCCCAUUGUGCUGGAAGGAUGCGCCGCGUGCCUCUUGUAUAGUGCCCAAGACUGCUCCACCUGA